CCAGCCAUGGUACUCGUAGGGCUGCUGCUGCUGCUGCUGCUGCCCUUGCUAGUCGGCACUCGCCUGCUGUGGGGCCAGUGGAAGCUCAGGAGCCUCCACCUCCCACCUCUUGUCCCUGGCUUCCUGCACCUGCUGCAGCCCAACCUCCCCGUCUAUCUGCUUGGCCUGACUCAGAAACUCGGGCCCAUCUACAGGCUCCGCCUCGGGCUGCAAGAUGUGGUGGUGCUGAACUCCAAGAGGACCAUUGAGGAGGCCCUGAUCAGGAAGUGGGUGGACUUUGCCGGCAGACCCCAGAUACCAUCCUACCAGCUGGUAUCUCAGCACUGCCAGGACAUCUCACUGGGGGACUACUCCCUGCUCUGGAAGGCCCACAAGAAACUCACGCGCUCAGCCCUGCUGCUGGGCGUCCGCAGCUCCAUGGAGCCCCGGGUGGAGCAGCUGACCCAGGAGUUCUGUGAGCGCAUGAAAGCCCGGGCAGGUGCCCCCGUGACCAUCCAGAAGGAAUUCUCUCUCCUCACCUGCAGCAUCAUCUGUUACCUCACCUUUGGACACAAGGAGGACACCUUAGUACAUGCCUUUCACGACUGUGUCCAGGACUUGAUGAAAACCUGGGAUCACUGGUCCAUCCAAAUUUUGGACAUGGUUCCCUUUCUCAGGUUCUUCCCCAACCCCGGGCUCCGGAGGCUGAAGCAGGCCAUGGAGAACAGGGACCACAUUGUAGAGAAGCAGCUGAGGCAGCACAAGAAGAGCAUGGUGGCGGGCCAGUGGAGGGACAUGACGGACUACAUGCUUCAGGGGAUGGGGAAGCAAAGAGUGGAAGAGGGCCCCGGGCAGCUCCUUGAAGGGCACGUGCAUAUGUCCGUGGUGGACCUUUUCAUCGGUGGCACUGAGACCACAGCAAACACCCUUUCCUGGGCUGUGGCGUUCCUGCUUCACCACCCUGAGAUUCAGCGGCGACUGCAGGAGGAGUUGGAUCGCGAGCUGGGCCCCGGAGCCUCGGGCUCCCGAGUCCCAUACAAGGACCGCGCUCGGCUGCCCUUGCUCAACGCCACCAUCGCUGAGGUGCUGCGCCUGCGGCCCGUCGUGCCCCUGGCCUUGCCGCACCGCGCCACGCGGGCUAGCAGCAUCUUUGGCUACGACAUCCCCGAGGGCAUGGUUGUCAUCCCCAACCUCCAAGGUGCCCACCUGGACGAGACCGUUUGGGAGCGGCCGCACGAGUUCCGGCCCGACCGCUUCCUGGACGCGGGCGCGAACCCCAGCGCGCUGGCCUUCGGCUGCGGGGCGCGCGUGUGCCUGGGCGAGCCGCUGGCGCGCCUCGAGCUCUUCGUGGUGCUGGGGCAACUGCUGCAGGCCUUCACGCUGCUGUCGCCCGCGGGCGCCCUGCCCUCGCUGCAGCCCCAUCCCUACUGCGGCGUCAACCUCAAGAUUCAGCCUUUCCAGGUGCGGCUGCAGCCCCGGGGCGGUGGAGGCCGGGGCGUGCGCGAGCACCAAUGACCAGUGACAGAGCCCAGACUCACUGGCCUCGGUUUCUCCUUUUAUUGCUCCCGUACAAACCCCUUCCCUCCCCCCUGUAAACAUGGUGCUGUGAGAUCGCGGGUGGAGAAGGCUUCCUCCGGUGGCUGGAUGGUGAAGGUGGCCCUCGGCUCUUCUCUGAGCGCAACCCCUCAGUGCUCGGCAGUCAUAGUAGGGCGCUGGAGGGGUGAGCAGCGGCUCAGCCUCCCCUGCCCGGGGGCCGGUAGCUUCUUGGUCUCAGCUUCAUUUCCGUGAAGGGCACAGAGAAGUCAAAGCCUUUCCAGUAGUACCAGCUCACUCCCUGGGAAGGGGUUGUCGAGAGAGAGAGUCAAAGCCUGACAUCCCAUCUGCUCCCACCUCUGCUCCCCUCUGGCGAGAUGGUUCCCACAAAUCCAUCAAGGAUCCUCCCUCCCUUUAUCCUUCUUAAACCCUCAAUUACAAAGGACUGAGGCUGAAUCCUGAGCUGUCCCUUUACAUCCAA